CAGUUCCCCUCGAGAAAAAAAAAUCUGCAUCUCUGUCUCUUCUUUCUCUGCUGCUGCUGCUAAGUAGGUCGGGUCGGCGAUCGCCGGAGCCGCCAACGAAGAUGCGGAAGCGCGAUCUGGGCAUCCUCCUCCUCGCCGCCUUCGCCAUCUUCUUCUCCCUCCAGCACGAGGGCGACUUCUCCUUCCGCGAGGCAUGGUACCAUCUCUCCGACGACGGCUACCCCAUCAAGUACGACGCCGACCGCCUCCCGCCGCCCCUCGUCGCCGACCUCAACGGCGACGGCAGGCCCGAGAUCCUCCUCCCCACCCACGACGCCAAGAUCCAGGUCCUCCAGCCCCCCCACGCCAGGCCCGCCUCCGGCUUCGAUGACUUCCACGAGGCACGCCUCAUGGCCGAGAUCUCCCUCCUCCCCACCAACGUCCGCGUCUCCUCCGGUAGGCGCCCCGUCGCCAUGGCCGUCGGCGCCGUCGACCGCUCCUACAAGCUCGCCGACGUCAGGAAGCAGGUCCUCGUCGUCGUCACCUCUGGCUGGGCUGUCAUGUGCUUCGACCACAACCUCAACAAGCUCUGGGAGGCUAAUCUCCAGGACGAUUUCCCUCACGCUGCCCACCAUCGAGAGGUCGCCAUCUCUAUAUCCAACUACACUAUCAAGCAUGGAGAUGCUGGCCUCGUCAUCGUUGGAGGAAGGAUGGAGAUGCAGCAUCAUUCUGCAGAUCUUUUCGACGACUUUAUGACCUCAGAACACAGCAGGGAAGAGCACCGUAGAAGCGCCAGCGAGAAACAGGCUUCGGAGGCCGGCAACGUAGACGUGCGUCAUUUUGCGCUUUAUGCCUUUGCUGGUCGUACCGGCGCAUUGAGAUGGAGCCGGAAGAAUGAGAAUAUCCAAUCACAACCAUCAGAUGCUUCAGCGCUGAUACCACAACACAAUUACAAGCUUGAUGUUCAUUCCCUUAACAGCCGUCAUCCUGGCCAGUUUGAAUGCCGGGAAUUCAGAGAAUCAGUUCUCGGUGUCAUGCCUCAUCAUUGGGACAGGAGAGAAGAUACUUCCCUACAACUUGCGAAUUUUAGGAGGCAUAAAAGGAAACAAUUAAAGAAAACACCAGGAAAAAAUGCUGUGAAUAACGUGCACAAGCCCAGUGAACACAAUCCAGCUGGAAAGGAUGAUACUAAUAGAUUAUCUAAAGCGAUUGGGAAAGCUGCAGAGUUGGCUGGUUCAGCUAAAGGCAAGAAGUCUCAGCACACCCCUUUUGUUCCUACAAUCACUAACUAUACUCAAGUCUGGUGGGUUCCUAAUGUUGUUGUUGCACAUGAAAAAGAAGGGAUAGAGGCUAUUCAUCUAGCUUCUGGACGUACAAUUUGCAAGCUUCAUUUGACAGAAGGGGGUCUUCACGCAGAUGUUAAUGGAGAUGGAGUUCUGGAUCAUGUUCAGGUUGUCGGUGCAAAUGGUAUUGAGCAAACUGUUGUUAGCGGGUCAAUGGAAGUGCUGAAACCCUGUUGGGCAGUUGCUACCUCCGGUGUACCCGUGCGGGAGCAACUUUUUAAUGUUUCUAUCUGCCACUACAACCAUUACAAUCUGUUCCAUCAUGGUGACUUCUCAAAAAGUUUUGGGAGGCCAUUUGAUCCAACUGGCUUAGAGGUGGCAACCCCUAUCCUGCUCCAGAGAGACGAUGGCCAUAAACACAGAAGAGGAAGUCACGGCGAUAUCAUCUUUCUGACAAGCCGGGGAGAGGCGACCUCGUAUUCUCCAGGUCUACUCGGUCAUGAUGCGACAUGGAGAUGGCAACUAUCGACCGGUGCAACAUGGUCCAACCUUCCAUCUCCAUCAGGGAUGAUGGAGAACAUUGUGGUUCCUACUCUCAAGGCUUUCUCUCUUCGGGCCUAUGACCCAAAGCAGGUGAUCAUUGCAGGUGGUGACCAGGAGGCUGUGGUGAUUUCUCCUUCCGGUAGCUUAUUGGCAUCCAUUGAACUCCCUGCACCUCCGACUCACGCGUUGAUUCUUGAGGAUUUCUCUGGUGAUGGUCUAACUGAUAUUAUUCUGGUAACAUCUGGGGGAGUAUAUGGAUUUGUGCAGACAAGGCAGCCUGGGGCCCUUUUCUUCAGCACGCUCGUUGGGUGCUUGAUAGUUGUGAUCGGUGUGAUAUUUGUUUCUUUGCACCUAAACUCUUCGAACAGUGGUAAACCAAGGUCUUCAACUGAGUAUAGGUGACAUGCUGUAAUCGGUGUUCUGCUGAGAGGAUCUUGUGAACAUCCCCAGCAUUGAGAACCUGCUACAAUAUUUGAAUUAGGUUUUUCAUAUAGUUAGCUGGGGGUGUUUAACUUAUUUGGACUUGCACAGUGUAUUUUAGUUGGUGUUGUAUGACAAAGGGUAUACUUACUUUCCUCGUAGUAUAUGAGUACCACUUUGCGGUCACAAGUGGCACGCAUCUUGCUUUUC